AUGGGUUAUUGGAAUCGAUUUGGAACCGAUAUAUCUGCUGAAUCUUUGAUUAACAGUCAUGCUCACAAGGCAUGUUAUAUAAAAAUCACUCGAAAAUUACCACCAAUUAAAAUACAGCAACAACGAGUACUGAAACAUUCACCAUUAGCAAAGAAUGGUCAAAACGACGUUUCAUUGAGCAAACCUGUUGAGAACCCUAAUGCGGAAGAAGAUACUCUUGAGAAAGAAGUUACUGAAAUAAAUCAAUCGUCAACUGUUUUAAACAACUGUGACGAGAAUGUACCGGAUAUAUGCUCUAACGAGUUCAGUGAAAUAAUGUAUGGAUCGACAACAAAUGGAUCCUCAAUAGCUAUGUGUCGAAAGAAAGUAGUUUCAUUAGAGUCUACCAAUAUUGAUUUAAAUGCUCGUUUGGUGGAACCAGAACAGAAUCUAGAUGGCAGUGGCAGUUUUUUGUGUAAUCAGUCUUACAUCAACGAAGGUACAAUUGAACAGGAAAACCAUCAAAAUCAACAACAAACAACAUCCGGACAACAUGCAGACGCUUAUGAAAUCUUCAACUCAUGUAAAGAAUUAUCAAUGGAAAAUAUCACGAUUGAAGAUCAAUCCAAUAUUGGUACAUCAAUACUAAAUAAAAUAGACUAUGAAUUAAAUGUGAAUACGAAAAGUCGUAAAAAAGUUAAGGAUUGUUAA